AUUUUGUCGGAAAUGUUCGGAUUACGAACUUAGCGGACACCACUGAAAAAGAUAACAUUAGUGUGGGUCGUUAUGGCGGUUUGUAGACGAACCGUAGAGGGCAUCAGUACGUCGUUUUAUUUUUCUUUAAAAACCACUAUCCAGAUUUAAGCGUUGCUUAUUUGCAACUUCAGCCCCGAGCUUUAUACGUGUUGUUGACUUGAUGCGAGGUAAGCUGAUUUGAAAAUGUUUAAGCGUUUGUUUUACAAGAAACGCCGAAGAAUCGACAUCUCAGGGCCACAAAACUUCGAGCACCGAUUUCACACUGGUUAUGACAAGGAAACAGGGAUAUUUCAUGGUCUUCCUCCUCAGUGGGAAGCUUUACUUGGAAUAAAACGAGACAAUCCAAAGAGACCCAAACCCAUCGUGGACCCAGAAAUUAUUACUCAAGUCUCGCCGCUACGAAAAUCCCAGUGGAAUUUGCUUAGUGAAAAAGGAUCUGGUAGUAAAGUCAUUUCCGUCUCAAGAUCCAAUUCUCUUCGAAAUUCCUUUAGAGUUAAUCCUGGCUCUAGACCUAGAAAGAUUGAAAGGACAAAUUCAGAAAUUGCCGAAGAAGUCGAUUCGGCGACAGCUAACGGAAAAGUUCCUAAAGUGGAUUACCAGCGAAGAUUCUCUCAAGGUUACGAACGCCAGUACUCCAAUAGAAGCUAUGAUCAUCAACAAAAGAUACCUGUUAUACAGAGAGAAACUUCUGCUAGCUCGGACUAUGGAUCGGCGAGUACGGAUUCUGGAGAAAAUGCAGAGAACGGAGGAGACGAUCUUCGCAGUUCCUCGAAGACAAAACUCAUGUACUCCGAUUCGCCUGUCACUCACCAACAAUUUCGCAAAGCUCUAGAAUUAGUUGUCACGUCGACUGAGCCCCCAGACAAUCUGGACAAUUUUAUUAAAAUUGGUGAAGGUUCGACUGGAGUCGUUUGUCUAGCUCGAGACAGAAAAACAGGCAAACAAGUUGCAGUAAAGAAAAUGGAUUUGAAGAAACAGCAAAGGAGGGAACUUUUGUUCAAUGAGGUAAGGGGUUAAUAUCGAGACGGACAAUGACGUUGAUAUUUUGACGUUGUUUUGACAUUCUUGAGGUCUGUCAGCGUGCUUUCAGCACGUUAGAUAGAAACUGUUUUAAAAAGUUUUAUUCUUUAUGUCUCAAAUUACAUUUGAUCGCAAUAAAAUCAAAGUGAUUCUCGGAAGUUUUUUCUAACAACAGAAAAACUUGUUUAGAUUGACAACAAUGACUUAUCACACUUUGGAAUCUAAAGGAUAUCUUAAUUGUUUGAAACUUGUAACUGAGUAUCCCUUAUUUUUACAAUUCAAUAUUUUUAAUUUUCACUUCAUUCCACAACAUAAACAUGAUCUUUUUUCCAAUUUUGUGCCAAAAAGGCUUGAAUGUGUGCAUAUCUCAUCAAUGAUUGUCAUAAAUUGUUAUUUCAUAAGUAAACAUAUCUUUGUUACUAACCAUCUUUACUUUGAAUAGUUUAUAAAGAAAAUGGCUUUAGAUUUUGUGAUAGCUUCUUAAUUUUUAAGCUGGUGUUUGUUGGUGAAUCAAUCUAUUUAUUGUGUACUAGAAUGUCAUCAUUUGGGAUUUUUUAGGUGGUUAUAAUGAGAGAUUACCCUCAUCCCAACAUAGUAGAAAUGUAUGGAAGUUAUCUCGUUGGAGAUGAACUUUGGGUUGUCAUGGAAUUUCUUGAAGGAGGAUCAUUAACAGAUAUAAUCACCCACACAAGGUGAGAGAUCUUUUUUUACAGUUUGACUUCUAGGGUGAGGUUGGGACCCUACUUAGUAAAUGUGGCAGGUGUCUUGUCAGGGGAGGGGAGGGGAAGGGAAAAGGAAGGGGGGUGAGGAAAGAGGGUAAUUGCACUGUUCUUUCCAUCCCCUUCGUUGUGCCUGCCACGCAGGCUAGAACCUGCUAUAAGGCCAACUCAUUUACUUGGCUACACUGACAUUAUCAGGGUUGUCACUAAGAUUUCAAGUUGCUGGGUUAAUACAACAAAUAGGCAGGUAAUUAAACAGGUAGGGAUUUCUUUUGGUUCUAUUUUUCUUCUAUUUUCCUAUGAAAAUAGCUGGGGGCCACGUUCAUACUAGCUAGAAGAAAUCCCCAGCCCCCACCUCUUAAUAACAGCCCUGAUUUUAGUAUCGCCACUUUGAUUUCAAUGUCCUGGUAACAUGGCAAGAUGUUCUCUUUCAAGAGAGUUGGUUAGCAGAUUGUUGUGGAACUUAAAAUAUAGGUGACCUCCCUAACAGAAAAAAUUGAAUUUUUGCUCAUUUAAGUCAACAGUAAUUGCUACUCGAUCAUUCCAAAAGUCUGAGAUGAGGAAGUAAAAGUAGAAACUCUCUCACUUUCUGUGAUUUACCUUGGACCAUUUCAUUCGAUCAGGAAUGUCCAUGAUUUGGUGAUUCCAUCAUUCUGCAAAAUAUGGAAUGGCCAAAACACUGUAAAAUCCCUGAUCAACGGGGAUUUUUCCACAAUUUGAAAGCCUGGCUAAGUAAAAGGGUGUCUCAGUGUUAUAGCAAGAUGACUGCUGUGCAAAAGUUAACUGACAAGUUGUCUUGUUUGUUUUUACAGUCUGACAGAGGAGCAGGUUUCCUGUGUAUGUCGCGCAGUUCUGAAAGCCCUAGCAUUCCUUCAUCCCCAGGGAGUAAUCCACAGAGAUAUAAAGAGCGACAGUAUUCUUCUUACCACUACUGGGCAGGUAAUGUAAACACUGAAGUAUUACAUGAGCAAUAUACAAGAUUAAUGAUCAACAUGGGAGAUUUUCUGUUCUUCUCAUCAUCAUCGUCUUCAUCAUCAUCAUCAUUAUCAUUAUCGUCAUGUAGAACAUUUUUACUUUUUCUUUAAUUAAUAGCUAAUUUACACUUAGGUUUAAUCCUAUUUAGCCACUUUCAUCACCUCUUAGCCACCCAUAUUGGCAAAAUGAUCCUUACUCUGAAAGACAAUUAUUUUGAUUCCUGAUUUGUGCAGGGUGGCAAAGAGUGUUAAAACAAGCUGAAAUGAGAGUGAUUUCAUGGAAUGGUCUAGCUACAUGCACACAGCAAAACAAUGAAGAGGAAAAUCUGGUCUUUCUCUGCAUCCCCUACUUCUGGAUAAAAAUUGUUUUGGUUUUCAUCUUUUUUGAUGUAAAAUGUUUCUGUUAGUUCUGGAAAUGUCAAGAAUGGUACAGUAGAGAUCAAAGCAUUUGCUAAUUUUAUUUUGUUUCAAUCUUCCAGGUGAAGUUGUCAGAUUUUGGAUUUUGUGCUCAAGUGACAGAGGAGAUGCCAAGAAGGAAGUCACUUGUUGGUACACCAUAUUGGAUGGCGCCAGAAGUUAUAUCAAGAAAACCUUAUGGUACUGAGGUAAGAAGAAACCUUUCAACCUAAUUUGUGCUCCCUUCUUCAGCCCUGACUGUUUAAUGUUCUUUUAGCUUUGCCAGACUUUGCAGGACAGUGAAUCUCUUUCCCCAUACAACCCAUGAAAGGUUCACAACUGUACCAGGGUCUAUGCCCCCAGUUUUUUUAUACCAUGAGUGAGAUGAGGUAAAUUGAAACAUAAUCAAAAUUGUUACUGUGUCCUUCUCCAUUCCUUGUUGCCUUCUGUAUUUUUCAUUCAUCUUUCUUUCUUAAUGCCUUUGUAUUACAUGAUGUGCCAUCUUUUACCUCUUGGGUAGCAAGGGUGGUGCAGUGGUGAGAGAACUCGCCUCCUACCAGUGUGGUCCAGGUUGAAACCAUGCGGUGUGGCUAUAUGUGGGUUGAAUUAGUUGUUGGCUCUCUCCCUAGCUUUGAGAGGUUUUUCUCCAGUUACUCCAGUUUUCCCUCUCCUCAAAAACCAACACUUCCAAUUUCCAAUUUGAUCUGGAAUGCACAGACAUGUUUAAAGGCGUUCUUAAGAACACCAAAGUGCUUCAUAGGUAGACAAAUUACCUUUUUUCAUCUACUGUAUUACUUUUGAAUAGAAGAAAUUAAAAUACAAUACUCUGCAAUGGUCGGAUCAAUUUAGGCUUCUGGGAAACUGCCCACCUACCCUUCCCCUAAGCCAUCAUUUUGACCUUAGCUUAGGGGAAGGGUUGGUGGGCAGUUUCCCAGAAACCUAAAUUGAUCCCAAUAGUCAUUAUCAGUAAAUUUAUAACUUAGUUUUCUUGCAAAUGAUAGGCUGAUAUUUGGUCUCUUGGAAUCAUGAUCCUUGAAAUGAUGGAUGGAGAGCCACCUUAUUUUAGUGAGCCCCCAUUACAGGCCAUGAGAAAACUACGAGAUAUGGAUCCACCAAUCACAAGAACGAAUGAAGAGGUGAGUGCACCAGGAUCAUCCUUUGACCUUAAAGCUUGGUGAUUUUGACAGAAGAAGUACGAAAAUAUAGUUGGAUUGACCAACAUGAAUUUUCUCAGAACAAUAUCAAUACAUUGUCAACAGAAAAUGUUAUGAGAAUAAAAUUAAUAACAUGACCACCAAAAGCAAAAUGCUUGGAUCUUUUAUCAAAUUCUCUCAAUUAGCUCUUUAAGGAAACCUAUGAAUAUCGGUAUGGAGAAUUUGUAUGUGGAUAUUGGGGCUUAAUGGGGUGAGAACAGUUUGUUGGGUUGGUUAUCAUGGGAACAUGCUCUGCAAGGGUACAGAUUUUGUCUGGUGCAUGUUCACUUAUGUGAUCAACUUAUUCAAUUGGCUUUUGCUUUGAGAAAUAAAUUAAUGAAAAAAUUGCCCUUCUGACAAAGCGGACAACAUUUAAAUUCCCACUUAGAGAUUCCUACAUUUUGUUCUUCUUCACAGAUGUCUCCUCGACUGUUGUCAUUUUUACAAAGAACCCUUGUACGUGAUCCAGCGCAGAGAGCUUCAGCAUUUGAACUCCUGAAUCAUGCCUUCAUACUCAGUACAACUAAUUCUUCAUCACUUGCGGAUAUGAUGAAAAGCUUUCGACACAGUGUUUGUUAGUCAUGGUACUGCAGACAUUGGAUCCAAUGAACAAUACAAACAUGGAAAGCAUACGUGAAUGUACAUAGAAGCAUUGGGAGUACUGCUUGAACUUGUAUUAAAGUGAGCUUGCAAAUACAGUGGAACUAAUAAAAUUGCUCAGGGCAAUGCCAUAAAGAUGAAAUAAUAGAGGCUUGUUGGGAUUUCAUACAUGCAGUCAUGGCUCUUUCGUGCAAGCCUUUUAUCAAGAAGCCGCAAGUUGGCAGCUUGUUAUAUGUUUCUCUGCUCAUCAAAUGGCUUUGGAAUAAUUUUUAAUCACGAGAUGUCCCUGCUUUUUAAUUUUAAUGAACUUUCUAUAGAACUGGAAACAGUAAUAAUGAAAAAUGUACGUACCAGUGUGUAGUAUUAUGGACAAUGUUACGGUUGGGCAAAAACAUGUAAAAAGAAUGUUUUACAACCAAUAGACUGUUUUUACAUGUGUAAGGAGAUGUCUGUAUUGUAGUUAAUUUUCAAUCUCAGGGAAUUUUUGUUUUUCUUUUGUUUUUGGGUAUGGUAAUGUAUGCUCAUGAAGUUAAAAGAAAAGAAAAAGAAAAAAAUUACCUGAUAUAAAAAAUUAAGUACAACAUCUGCAUUAAACAAUUAUUGCCACUUUAGAGAUGAGAAGGAAACCGGCUCGAGUUAACUUUAUCAGCCAAAAGCUGACCGGCGCAUCCCCAGUAACGAUUCAAGAAAUCCUUGUGAAAGCUAACUCAGCUCAGUUUCCUUUUUUGCUACUAAAGUGGUGAAUGGCCAGCCUUUUUAUUUUUAUAAUUUGUGUAUUCCAGUCCUGGAGGAGACUAUUUUCAUACAGAAAGGAGUGCUCAGGCCAUGAAUACAAGACUGUGAAAGCCCUUGUACAAGAUACAGGUCUUCUGGUAGUGUGUAUUGUAAAAAAUAUUAGGAAAUGAUGCAUGAUUUCCGGGAGGGUCACACUUUGUCUGUUUGCAAAGAAAGUUGUUUCUGAUAGCCUGAGGCUAGUGGAUUUAUGCGACUGGGGAAGUGAAUUCUGUUCUUAACUUGCCCAAUAUGCAAGUCAAGUUUUUUUAGGGGAAUUAAAAAAAAACCAGACAUACUGUGUGACAAAUUGGUUAAAUUCAUAUUAAAUUCAUGUGAAUCGAAAGCUGGUUUCCAAGCUGAUGUGAUGAAGUGAAAUUAUUGCAAUAUUAUUAUUACAAUGAUUUUAAUAAAGCAAUUAAUUAAUAAUUGUUAAUAUUAAUUAGUUAUUAAUCCUACUCAUCAAAAAUUUUUCUGGCUAGUUAAAAUAAAUUACUCCAGCUAGAAUAUUCUAGCUACAGCUCGCGCAAAGUGCAAGCUUUCACACUGGCUUUCUUUGCACCCUACAUUAUGUGACAAAGAUUAAGGUUUUUUUAGAGCAGAUUUCUAAAACACUUAACUCUCAUCAGAUUUAUCACAAUGCUACAAGUUUCAGAGGCUCUGCACGGCAUUUCCAUAACUAAGUAUCUGUAAAUUAGUGUCCAAGUUUAUUAUUUUGUCGAGAUCAAAUUAUGCAUGAGUUUCUCAUGGAUUUUGCAAACAGAUGUGAUACUCAAGUUAACGUUGC